AUGAAAGAUUCAAUUAUUAUUCCAACAGUAAAUUUAGCCAAUUUGGCAAAUAAUAUUAGUAAAUCACCAUCUUCAUCUAAUCCAUGUUCUCCACAUACAAAGAUAUUGGUUUCAACACCAUAUGAAUAUGAUGGAUGUAUGCUUUGUGUUAAUGGUACACCAAGUUGUCUCCAAAAGAGAAGAGCCACUUGGACAUUGAAAUUACGUGUUGCCCUCUAUUGUCUUAGUGUAUUACAUCCAGAGAAGAAAUAUUUCAACCUCAAAAAAGAUAUCUACACCUAUGUAGACUCGCAUUGGGAUCAUCUUUCAAUUAAUACUGCCAAAUCAGAUCGUUGGAGAAAACAAGUUCAAGAUUCUCUUAGUCAUUGUCGUCAUUUCGAAUCUGGUUGGGAUGCUAUGGGUUGUAAUGGUCAUUGGAGAUUAAUUCAACCAUUAAAUCCAUGGUCAUUACCACCAGAUAAGGAAAACUCAAUCUACGAUGAUGAAGAGGCAAACAUAAAUGCUAGUGGUGGUACUCCUACCAUUGUCUCAAACAAUAACAUUUGCCUAACUCCUGAAGCUGGUCUAUCACCACGUACUACCAAGUCACCAAGAGAGGAUCCAUUAUAUAGAAAUUUCCCAAAAAGAAAAACUUCAUUUGUACAAACUCAACCAUCACCACAACAACCUGUAAAUAAUAAUAAUAAUAAUAAUAACAAUAAUAAUAAUAAUAACAGCAAUAAUAAUAAUAAUAAUAAUAAUAAUAAUAAUAAUGAUGAAGAAGGUGAUAUAAAUAGAAAAAGAAAAGCUCAUGAUGAAGAACGUUUUACUGAAGAGGAAUUGUUAUUAUUAAAGUAUUCUCCAAUGAUUUUCUCUGAUACACCAUCACCAAAAUGUAGAACUCCAAGAGGUAACAAUCCAGCAUCAAUGACAACUAGCCAAUCAAAUGUUGUAAAUUCUUCAUUGACUACCAGUCCUUCCAUCGUUGGUAAUUCCCCAUUGUUAACUGCAAGUGGUGUACAUUUUUCAUUAUCAAACUUUAAUAACAAUUUAACUUUGAAUGGACCUUCAAUUAAUACACCACCACAACAUUCAACUUCACAUAUUACCAUUUUAGAUGGUGGUAACAAUCAUUCAAACAACAACAACAAUAAUGGUGGUACAAUCUCGCCACCACCUCCAAACUAUCAUUCAUCAUCAAGUCCAUCCUUGUUAUCUGCUAAUCAUCAUUCAACAAUUGGUAAUGGUUCAUCACCACCAAUUCCAUCCAAUCCAUUCUCACCAUGGAAGAGUGCUAGUGGCAACAACAACAACAAUAACAACAGCAAUAAUAAUAGUAAUAAUAAUAGUACUUCUCCAUCUGCAAGCUCUUCAAAGAGUCCAUUAUUAUUCAGUGGUUCAGAUGAUCCUUUCAAGAUAUCUCCACUUCCAAAUCCAUUUGGUGGAAAUAAUUAUAAAGUUAAUUCUCAAACCAAUCCAGGUUUCUCAAUUACAAAUAAUAGUAGCGUUAAAGUUCCAUCAGAAUUGUUAAAAUCUUCAAUUCAUAAUCAUCAUUUACAAGUUCAACAACAACAUUUCUUAAAUCAUCAUCAACAACAUAAUAAUAAUAACCAACAAGCGCAACAACAUAUAAAUAAUAAUAAUAAUAAUAAUAACACCAAUAAUAAUAAUAGCGAUGAAGAUGUUGUUGAAAAUAAUAGUGGUAAUCCACCACCAUCACCAAAUAGUGCCAAACUCACUAAAAUCCAACAACAAAAUUUAAUCUUAAAUUGUACAUAUUAA